GCUCAGAGGCAGCAGAUGUCCAACAGCAGCUCCAUCAGCCAGUUCCUGCUCCUGCCCUUCGCAGACAGACGGGAGCUGCAGCUCCUGCACUUCGGGCUCUUCCUGGGCAUCUCCCUGGCUGCCCUCCUGGCCAACGGCCUCGUCAUCAGCGCCGUAGCCUGUGACCACCGCCUCCACACCCCCAUGUACUUCUUCCUCCUCAACCUCGCCCUCCUUGACCUUGGUUCCAUCUCCACCACUGUCCCCAAAGCCAUGGCCAAUUCUCUCUGGGGACACAGGAGCAUUUCCUACUUGGGCUGUGCUGUACAGCUCUUCCUCGUUAUCUUCUUCCUUGGUACAGAAUGUCCUCUUCUCACCAUCAUGUCCUACGACCGCUACGUUGCCAUCUGCAAACCCCUGCACUACGGGACCCUCCUGGGCAGCAGAGCUUGUGUCCACAUGGCAGCAGCUGCCUGGGCCAGUGGGUUUCUCUAUUCUCUCCUGCACACAGCCAAUACAUUUUCGCUGCCCCUCUGCCAGGGCAAUGCUGUGGGACAGUUCUUCUGUGAAAUCCCACAGAUCCUCAAGCUCUCCUGCUCACACACCUACCUCAGGGAGGCUGGGCUUCUUGUGGUUAGUGUCUGUUUAGUAUUUGUGUGUUUUAUGUUCAUUGUGGUGUCGUAUGUGCAGAUCUUCAGGGCUGUGCUGAGGAUCCCCUCUGAGCAGGGACGGCGCAAAGCCUUUUCCACGUGCAUCCCUCACCUGGCUGUGGUCUCCCUGUUUCUCGGCACAGGCAUGUUUGCCUACCUGAAGGCUCCAACCAUCUCCUGUCCAUCCCUGGAUCUGCUGGUGGCAGUUCUGUAUUCGGUGGUGCCUCCAGCAGUGAACCCCCUCAUCUACAGCCUGAGGAACCAGGAGAUGAAGAAUGUCUUGCGGAGAGCGUGUGAACACCUCAGAUUAAUAAGGUUCCCAUGA